AUGCGCGGGUUGUCGCCAAGGUCAUUCUUUGCCUCGCCUCAGCUGGUUACUCACGCCGUGUCUUGUCGCUACUGGCCUCUGGAUGCCCUGAUGCCGUCAGUAUCCCAUGCCUCGCUGCCGUUGGCUUCGCAUGCCUUUGGGUGUCACCCGAGUUCAACCGACCCCUCUGAGGCGACUUCACGGCAGCUCAACUUCUUAUCGCCGAGAGGAUCCCCAAAGCCCCUCGUCAAGCCACCUCGGUCGGCCAUUUCAACAAAGCUGCUCGGCAAAACGAUCACGCAGUCUGCUUUCCAUCAUCUGCACUCGCCUCCAUCAUCAUUCAGUCUCUGCAACCACACGACGCGGCUUUGGCACAGAUACGGAAAGCGGCUAUAUUUUCACCACUCUUACAUAUCUCUUUGUUGGAAGCAGUAA